UUAGUGAGUCUAACAUUCCCCCUCAGUGUACAGAGGCGCUGGGCCUACAGAGCACAACCUAAACUGCUGCUGCUUCCUGCCAAGACAGAGAGAGAGAUAAAAAAGAAAGAGAGAGAGAAAGAGAGAGAGAGAGAGAGAGAGAGAGAGAGCAAGGGGAAAAGUUACUUCAGAGGCUGGAGCUCCAUAAUACUCACAAAAAUAGUUCUUUUUCUCCAUUUCUGUGUUCCGGUUCUAACGUAACUCAGAAUCAGCCCAGUGACAUUUGGGAUCACCUGGAACGACACUGAGGAAGACUCUCAGCGUGCAAAAUGAAGACCGUGUUUCUCUUCUUCACCCUUUGGCUGACAGUCAUGGCGGAAACAGGAGAGCCUGGCAAUGUAGCUUUCUGGAAAGAGAAAAUGAUGUUGACAUGUCCAUAUGACUCUCCAACUUGGGACGAUCAACAAAGAACGGAAGAGAGAAGUCGAACGCUAAAUUAUACAGCAGAAACGAAAGGAUUGCGACAUUGCAAAACAACAAAUAGUGACAAAUACUAUUUUUAUAUUAAAGGAUAUGUAUGUUCUGAUUGCUAUGAGCUGGACGGAACUCUGGUGGUCGGUAUUAUAAUUGGGGACCUGCUGGUGACUGGUGGAGUCGUCAUCCUCAUCUACUACUGGGCCCAGAAAAAGUCUGGGUCAUCGCCGGCAUCAGCUGUUGCCCGCUCUGGGCCCCGAGGUGGACAGCGUGGGCCAGCUGUGCCUAACCGGGACUAUGAGGUUUUAAACCCUAGAACCAGAGACGAUGCAUACGCUGUCGCUGGUGUAAAACGGACCGGCUAGACUGCAGUCCUUUCAUUCCUCCUGAUCUGGAGCCUUUGCCCAGCAGACAUCAACUCGGUCUCCAUCUGGGUCAGCAGGACUGGCAAAGACCACAUUAGUGGUACUAAGCUCAAUACCCACAACUUUUGAAAGAUUUUCCUAUUGCUGAUGCUUUGUUAUUUUAGUAGUUUCUUGUAGUAGAUGAGUUACUUUUUUCAUUUGUUCAAGUAAAAAAAAAAAAUUAAUUUAUAACCUCAGUUUUUUCCAGGAAAAUUGUUGAGACAUUGGACCCAGAAUAAUAUUAGUCUGAAGUAAUUUAAAUGGUGGAAAUAUUAGAUUAAGCCAUCAUGACUAAGUCGCUAAGAUUAAAAUGUUACGUAUAUCAUAAACAAUUAUCAAGUAAAACAAAUAAGUUUUAUUUUUUACAAAAAAGAGUAGUACUCCGGGGAGUUUCUAGCUAUCGAAAAGAUCAGGAGCUAAGUCAAGGUUACCUGGGGCUUGACCAUUAUUAUUUAAGGUAGAUUGGGCUAAAAUACUCGGGGCUCGGCUUAAAAAACUCAGGGUUACAGCCCCAGUGAUCGCACCUAUAAACGCCCAUGGUAGUACCCUUAUCAAAAGGUAUAGUAUUAUAAAAUCAAGUGUUCAACUUUGUAUAAAAAUUACAUUUUUGAUUGAAUAUUUGCAAUAGUUUUACGUUAACAUGAAAGAGAAAACAUUUGUGCUGCAGCAUUUUAAAACAUCAUUAACUGGGUAAUAAAAAAUUGAACAUUUAGAACAAUUCAUAAUAUGCCUAAUAUACAUAACAAAAAAUACUGUGAAAAUUCUCUCAUUGAGUUUGUGCCCAAUGAAUCAUAACUUUUACAGUAUAUUUUAAAUCUUCAUUUUGUUUUACCAGAAUCAUUAUUUUAUAUUUUUAAAUGUUUCAUUUGUUACUAAUAAGCUGUUAAACUUUUUAGAUAUUCUGCAUUUUUUUCCAUAUUGAAUGCAGUUAACACUGCUAUUCUAUUAAGAAAUUAUUCGUAUGAAAAUUGGAUGGCAUUAUCUGUUUAGUUUGAACUAAAAAUAAAUAAUGUUACAUCUUGCAGCAUUCAACAGGCUUGUGUAAUACUGUGGGUGCUGUGCCAUUCAUAAAAAUAGAGCUAUAUGUAAACAUCCUGCUGUCAUAAUUUCCUUUCAAAAUUAAGCUUUUUUUCUUAGCAGUCUUGAAAUUGCAUGAUCAGAGGAAAAUACGCUCUAGGGCUUGGUGCCGUUAAUCAGAAUGAUCUUACUAUGUGGAAACAUGCAGUAAGUCACAGUAUUUUUUGUGAAGGUCACACGCAUCUUACCAUCAACUUGUAAGAAUAACAUUCUUAUUAAAAACUGAAAAAAUGUCUCCUC